GACAUGGCAGAGUAGGCUUUUAGAGAUAGAGAGAGAGAGAGAGAGAAGCAAGGCAUUUCGAAGCUACGAUGCUCAGACACCUCUUACUGUUCUUCACCUUCUUCUCAGCUCUCCUUCGUCCUUCGCAUCCUCGACAUGCAUCUAUCUAUAUAUGAGGAUUGGAGGGAUUUCCUUAUUAUUGGGCUGUUCUUCUUUAGUGUUCUAUUCUGAAGUCUGUUUUGUUCACUGUAGCACCCUAUGCUAUGCGAAUAAGUUGUGGAGCUCGGAACAAUGUUCAUACUCCACCAACCAAUACAUUUUGGUACAAGGAUUUUGCAUAUACAGGAGGGGUACCUGCUAAUGGAACACGCCCGAGUAAUAUCUCUCCUCGGCUUUAUACACUACGCUACUUCCCUCUAUCGGAGGGUCCGGAAAAUUGCUAUAAUAUUAACAGAGUACCCAAAGGCCACUAUGCAGUGAGAAUCUUUUUUGGAGUAGUCACAGAACGGAAUUUCGACAACAAUGAACCUUUGUUUGACGUUUCUGUCGAAGGAACCCAGAUUUACUCUCUGAGGUCAGGUUGGAGCAACAAUAUUGAUGAGCAAGCAUUUGUUGAAGCCCUUGUAUUUCUUACAGAUGGCUCUGUCUCUCUUUGCUUCCAUGGCACUGGACAUGGAGAUCCAGCUAUACUUUCAAUUGAAAUUCUUCAAGUUGAUGAUAGAGCUUACUAUUUUGGUCCACAGUGGGGUCAAGGGACAAUCCUAAGAACAGAUAAACGACUGAGUUGUGGUGCUGAGGAUCCAAAAUUUGAUGUCGACUAUAGUGGGGACCACUGGGGUGGGGACAGAUUUUGGAAUCCCAUUAUAACUUUUGGUCAAAGUUCAGAUCGUGCUAUACGUACCACAAACGGCAUCAAGCAGGCCUCAAAUCCGCCAAACUUUUAUCCAGAAGCUCUUUAUCAGACAGCUCUUAUUAGUACCGAUAAUCAGCCAGAAUUAGUGUACACCAUGGAUGUGGAUCCCAAUAGAAACUACUCCAUUUGGUUGCAUUUUGCAGAGAUUGAUCCUUCUGUCACUGGUGUUGGGAAAAGGGUAUUUGACAUCCUAAUAAAUGGUGUUGUUGUUUUUCAAGAUGUUGACAUUGUGAACAUGACUGGGGGUCUGUACGCUGCUCUUGUAUUGAACAAGACUGUCGCUGUUAAUGGGAGAACUUUGACAAUAACCGUACACCCUACAAAUGGUCAUGCCAUAAUCAAUGCUUUUGAAAUCUUUGAGGUUGUUAUGGCUGAGUCUAAAACUUCACCAGAUGAAGUUAGGGCUUUGCAAGCAUUGAAGAGUGCAUUGAGGCUUCCUCUUCGAUUUGGGUGGAAUGGUGAUCCAUGCAUUCCCCAACAACAUCCAUGGAAUGGAGCAGAUUGUCAAUUUGACAGAACUAGCAGUAAAUGGGUCAUUGAUGGACUUGGUCUUGACAACCAAGGUUUGAGGGGUUUCUUGCCAAACGACAUCUCCAAACUACGUCACCUGCAGAACAUAAACUUGAGUGGAAACAGCAUUCGUGGACCCAUUCCAUCCUCACUUGGAACAAUAACUACCUUAGAGACCCUGGACCUCUCCUAUAAUUUUUUCAAUGGAUCAAUUCCUGAAAGUCUCGGACAGUUGACAUCAUUACGAAGACUGAAUCUCAAUAGCAACUCCUUAUCCGGUGGAGUCCCGGCAGCACUGGGAGGAAGGCUUUUACAUAGAGCGAGCUUCAAUUUUACUGAUAAUGCAGGACUCUGUGGUAUUCCUGGACUACCGAUGUGUGGGCCCCACUUCUCUGUUGGUGCGAAAAUUGGCAUUGCAAUAGGUUCAUUUGUCGCACUCCUGCUUGUUUGCACCUGCUUGAUGUGUUGGUGGAAAAGGCGGCAGAAUAUUCUUCGAGCUCAGAGAAUUGCAGCAAGAGAAGCUCCGUAUGCAAAAGCAAGAACUAAUUUCUCUCGCGACAUGCAAAUGGCAAGGCAUCAAGGGUUUGAAAAUAGCCGGACAGCUGCUGAGAAUGGGCCAAGCUUGCUUUCAUGAGCUGUAUGCAUUCUUCAGCUUCUUCACCUUCAAAAUGUGCUUGAAUUAUCUCUUCUCCCCUUCACCUUGAACUAAAAUCUUGUUCAGGAACCCUAGAAAGUCGUAUAAUCAUCUCGUUGGACACACUGUUUUGCACAGAUUGGAAAAAUGUGUGUAUUUAUUGAUCUCAUUUUUCAGCAAGUUUGUGAAAUAUUGUUGUAAAAUAAAAAAUCAUAUGCUUGAUCUUUUA